CAUACAUUUUAAAUCAGAUUAGCCAUUGUGGGGAACAGUGCCGAACGCUUCGUACGGAUCGGGAGCGGUUUGGGAAAUAAAGUGUAGGAUUAAUUCCUACUGUGUUUGUGAAGUGACAAAAUGGGUUUCAAAUUAGUUUUUCUGUUCUCGUGUUUGGUAGCUGCAGUUUCUGCGCAAACUUACCGAGUAUGUGUAUCAACGGCAGUCUCAUCAUCCACUUGUCAGAGCAUCAGCAGAGAUGACAGCCAAGUCACAUGCCAACGAGUGGAAUCCAGAGUGGACUGCGCUCUCAAACUGGCAGCAGGACAAGCUGACCUAGGUUAUUUCUCAGAAGAGGAAACCCUGCUUCUAUCUCAACAGCAGCCCAAUGAUAAUAGAGUCCUUGCUACUGUUAGAGAUGCUUCCAAACUUGACCCCUACGCCUUCGAGACCGUGGCAGUGGUGCCAGCAAACCACACGCGUGGCCUGGACGGGCUCAGCGGUGGAGUAUACUGUCACCCUGGACUCGAUGAGUCGGACUUGAGGUGGUCUCCUCGCGUACUGAAGAAUUUGGAGCAAUUGGCCGCUCGCACAGACCGCUGCCCCGAAGCCAACACAGCCGGCAAGACCGCCGAAGAACUGGAGGUGGAAACCCUCAGCAAGUACUUCUCAUCCGGCUGCAGACCAGGAGCGUGGAGCAACAAUGUCACGGUUGAUGCUGAUCUUAAAUCCCGCUACCCCUCUCUCUGCUCCCGCUGCGGCCCCGACUCCGGCUGUUCUCGCUACACCAUCGACAUGGGCGUCUCCAUCGCUGGCGUGAGGAACGAGAACCGCCACAUCCAAGCUCUGGAGUGCUUGAGGACCAACGCUAACGCCAGCUCGGCAGUCGCCUAUGUCGCCUGGCAGCAUGUGCGCGAAUAUUUCACGAUCCGCAACCCUCAAGACUCAGCAAGCUUCUCAGUGCUCUGCCCGAAUGGUACUCUCGCGUCUCUCACCACUGCGGUGUUGAGCAAUACUAUCUCGCCUUGUGCGUUCAUCAGACAGCCUUGGGGUGCUAUUGUUGCCAAUACCAACAACGCAGCAGCCCUCUUAACCAGCCUUAAGACGUGGUGGCCAGCUGGCUCCAGCCCCGCUACUGGCUGGCAGGCGACCCUGUUCAACGUGGUCACCGGAGGCUCUUCUAGCGCCAGGGUCGUCUUCCAGGACAGCCCCAUCUCGCUGCUGAAUUAUACUUCUGCUAUCCGCACAAUCAGCAACAUCGAUUCCACCGCAUCCUGCAUGCCCGCCCGUCGCUGGUGCACCAUCUCUACCCUCGAACAAACCAAGUGCAACUGGGUGAGGGUAUCAGCCCAUACCCUGGGUGUUCAGCCCAGCAUUGCUUGUCAACAGAGGAACAGUGUGCUGGAGUGCUUAAAUGAUAUCAAGGAUGAUAGAGCUGAUUUUAUAUCUGCGCCUUCGAAUUAUGGGUAUUUGGCUAGACAGCACUACAAACUAACGCCAGUGAAGCUGGUACAAAACUCCCCUGACGACGCAUCAAGAGUAGCAGCCUUCGUCAAGGAGUCAGCUGUCAUCUCCUCGAACGUGACUCGCUAUGAAAACCUCCGUGGAAAGAACGCUUGCUUCCCUGAAUACGGCGGUCUUGCCUACAUGUCCUUCGUCCGCGUGGGACAGGAGCGCGGAGUCCUGUCCUCCUCGGAGUGCGACUACGCGGCGGCUGUGGGCGAGUUCUUCGGCGGCGCGUGCGCUCCCGGCGCUAUUGAUGCCUCGCAUGCGCUCUCUGAGUCUUCUAGCUUCAACUCGUCCGUCCUGUGUACUUCCUGCAGAACCAGUGUCAACAUAAAUGGCAACAAUUCGACCUGUGCCUGGGAUUACACGAACAUGUACUUCGGCAACAACGGCACGCUCGCUUGUCUUAACGACCCUAACAACGAUGUCGCUUUCCUCAACACUAGGAGCAUGGCCACACACCUAACCAGCCUAGGCCUGCAAGCGACUCAGUUCCGCGCCCUCUGCCGCAACAACUCUCUAGCCGCCACCACCGGCAUCAGCAUCGACGACAACUGUCUCCUGGCAUACGUGGUGGACGCUGAGAUCGUCACCAGAAGAAACGACCCACAAUACAACAGCCUAAACACGCUACUAGACUCUCUCGACACCUACUUUGGCUACAACGCGGCAUCAGGCAACCAACUCAUCAACUUGGAAAUAUUCUCCCCAUUCAACGAAAAUAAGAACUUACUCUUCAAAGACUCAACUAUCGGUUUGACAGAAGCAUCUCUCGGCUCUUCUCAUGAACCAGCGAGGAACUAUAUUGAGCUGUUCAGACAUUUGCAAGCUUGUACGGGCACUGCGCCUCCUAUUGCAGGCCUUGCCAACCGUAGUUUCUAUUCUAUAGUAACUUUACUUACAAUGGCGAUAAUGACAAGAUUCGUCAUUUAUUAGUUGAGUUUUUUCUAGUGUGUGUAUCCGAACCAUGGAGAAUAAAAUGAUUAGCGGAGGUGUCAUGACGCAAAAUCUUCUAAGAAAAUACCUCGCCAAAAAAGGGUAUUCGGGGGACGAGGAACGUUACUAGCCCCGCCCUUACACGCCGUCUUUGGAUCGAUAAUUUUUGUAAUACCAAAAAUCGUUGACAGAUGUCUCAAAGAACCCGAACGCCUAUUUAAUUCACUUGUAACUGAUCGUUAAGGUCGCGUCCACCGUACGUAUUUGACCUAGAAGAAGGCGCGUAACCUACUUUCGUUAUGACAUCUCCACUAUCUUUCCUUCCUCCGUGAUCCGAACGUAUUUUAUUUUAUUAUUCUGUAAGGUUUGACAGUUGUUUUGGCGGGAAGCGUUUUUAUUGGUUGUUGUUUUUUUCUUUUCUAUUACCGCGUUCAUGAUUUGAAUUGUAAAAAGGUAAGUAUUUUAUCAAAAUAUCACCAAUCUUUUUUUGCAAAUUAGUAGUAGUAUAAGUUAAUGUAUCCCAAUCAUAAAAUAUUGUUAAGAAUAAUUAAUUUUAUUACUUACAUUAUAUUUUUAUAGCUGAAUUUAUUUUUGUAUUUAAAUACUACAUCUAAACCGUAUUUCCUCCGAAUUUUCUUGUUUUAAUAUGUUAUGAACAAACAGUAGUUAGUUAUUUUAACUUUAGACGUUAAUUAUGUUACCAGUGUAUUUCGUUUGUAUUUUUGUGAAUAAAAUUAAACAUUUUUUAUAAUAAAUA